AUGGUGUCUUCUGAUAUCGAUCCUGCAAGGAAGCUUGAGAUCUUCAAAGAAUUCGAGGAUCCUCUAUCUUCUACGAGAGUCAUCUUUGGUACUAAACUGAUACCAAAUGGUUUAAAUUGGUCAUUGGUUGAUGUGAUGGUAUUGGUUGAUUGUUCUGUGAUCACCGUUGCUUGGUUGCAAAUAGUUGGGAGGAUCAGAACAAUUGAGUUAGUUAUUAAGUUGGUCCCAGGUGACAAACGUCAGCGCAAUGACAACAGCGCUGAAAAUUUGAAGCUGAAAAAUAUGGACAUGAAUCUGUGUCCUACAAUGAACGUUUCUACGUUUUAUGGGUUGGAGAACAAAGGGCAUGAGUUAUGCUGUAACGAAAACCACAAGAGAGAUGCGAAAAAGAUUGUUGAAUUGUCAAAUUUUUUGAAACAUGUUCACACCGAGGAUGAAGUUGAUCGCGCAACCAGUGAGUAUAUUAUGCCGCUGAAUUGUAGCAAGCUUGAAAUACUCUUUUUGGUGUAUCUAAUGGAACUUUGA